UAAUUUGAGAAAAAUGGUCAGUCGGGACUUGUUUUCCGAUGAAAACGUUUAGUUUCAUUUCUACAGAACUCAAGAUGUUACGUUUAAACUAUUGUCUUUUUAUUAUAGUUCAAUUAUAUGGUUUUUCUGUUUGUCUGACAACAAAUGUAAUUGACCACGCGUGGGAUUUGCCCACUGACAAAGAACUGUAUAAGUAUCUGAGUACGGUUAAAACUGUCGUCGAUUAUUGUGCCGAGUAUAAAGACGAAGUCGAUAUUAAUUUGGCAUUUGGUUUAUUCCUGACAAACAUAAACUUGGGUCAUACUCUUCAUAAAAAACAGAGAAUGAUACCAGAAAUUGUAAGGAACCAAAUAAAAUAUAUUAUAAACGAAAACAAUGAAAUUUUGGAUGAUUUCAUUUUCAAGGAAUCUGUGAUUGAGAGUAAGAAGGGCGAGGAUGGUAAAAUGAAGAACCUAAAGAGUAUUUUGUCUCUUUUUAACAAUGCAACACACUGGGUCGAAAGUUUGGAGAAAUUUGUCUACACCGUGGAAAAGCGAUACACACCAGAUCAAUUGAGAGAAAUGUAUUCUCCUUUUAGGUUGUAUAUGAAAAAAGUGGGCAAUUUCUUGAAAGGGUCCCCGACUCCCGAUGAUUCUGAUGACUGCCUGAUCUCUCUGUCUAAAAACCCUAGAAAUAUGAAAGGAUCGCCACCACGAUGUUCCGUCGACGAUUUUUGUCACGAUAUGCUGAAACGAGGGACGAAUUUUGGUUACUCAUUAUCCCACAGGAUCGUUUUCUUACUGAUGGCUCGUUUCGGACGCAGAUGCUGUGUUUUCUCUGAGCAGACAGAUAGAGCAAUGGUAAAGCAGUUCUGUUCAACGGCUCAUGCUGAAGCGGAGUAUAUUGUGGAAAACAGCUACGGACUUGCCGAUCUGUUCAUGGAAAUCAUUGUACUAUGCACCGUUGACGGGCACUCCCAGUUCCUCAACCGCAUCUGGCUGGACAAUAUUCUGAAAUUCCAAACUCCAGAGGGCUGCUUCGGAACCAUACCUGUAAAGAAGAUCCACCCCAUACGCAGAUCGUUCUUUGUGACGGAGAUGGGCAAAAGCAAUCUUCUACAAGAGGGCUGCAACGCUCACACGACCGGACUGGCCGCGGCAACAUUCUCUGCCGCUGUUAGACUUAUUAUAGAAAAAUAUUAUUAACCUCAGAAAUAUAUCUAACUAGCCGAUGCCCGCGACUUC